GAGGGGCCUUGGAUCCUGCCUUGUCAUCAAAGCCCUGUGAAGGAGAAUGGCUACCAGACGUGCUCAUCUAGAGGAUGACCUUUCCUGUCCAAUUUGUGGACAUAUUCUUAGUCAGCCAGUGGUGCUCAGUUGCAGACAUAGAUUCUGUAAAGCCUGUCUAAAAGACAGCUGGGAGACACAAGGCAGUGGGGAUUCACACUACUGUCCUCUGUGCUGGCGCCGUUCCUCCAUGGAUCAAAUGGUGGUGAGCAGUGUGCUGGAGAAGGCCUGUGAAUCCUUCAAGGAGGACAGAAGCAAAAAUGACCCAGAGGCUUGUAAAGAACAUGGGGAAAAGCUAACGUUGUUUUGUUUGGAAGACUUGGAACCAAUCUGUGGUUUGUGUGGGAAAGCAUCUGCCCAUGCCAGACACAGGCUCUAUCCCAUUGGGGAAGGUGCUCAUGACUGUAAGGAGGAAUUGAAAAGUGCAUUGCUGCCCUUGAAAGAGAAGUUGCAGCUGUACAAAAAGGCGAAAAUGGUCUGUGAGGAAAUGGCAGAGCAUGUUAAGAACCAAGCUGAACAUACUGAAACACAGAUCAAAGAAGAAUUUGAAGCCCUUCACAAAUUCCUGAAAGAGCAGGAGGCUGCCAGACUUUCCACUUUAAAGGCUGAGGAGGACCAGAAGAAUCUGAUGAUAAACCAGAGGAUCGAGGAGAUGGACAAUGAAAUGACAUCUCUCUCCAACACCAUCCGAUUAGUAGAACAGGAGAUGACAUCUCGUGAUAUCCACUUUCUUAAGAAUUACAAGGAAACAAUAAGGAGAACCUGGCGGACUUCCCUUGAUCCACAAAUGAUCACUGGUGCUCUGAUUGAUGUGGCCAAGCACCUGGGCUCUCUGAAAUAUAAAGUGUGGGAGAAGAUGAAGAGUAUAAUUAAAUAUAAUCCUGUGAUUCUGGAUCCCAACACAGCAGCGAGCUGCUUCAUCCUCUCAGAGGAUCUUACAAUGGUGCAGAACAGUACCCAGAUUUUCAAGCUUCCAGACAACCCAGAACGCUUCGACAUCAGUGCUGAGAUGCUGGCUGCUGAGGGCUAUUCCUCUGGACGCCACAGCUGGGAUGUGGAGGUGAAGGACAACACCUACUGGGUGGUGGGAGUAGCCAGCGAGUCCAUCAACAGGAAGGGAAAGCAUGUGCUGACACCAGCGGAGGGGUUCUGGACAAUCAGGUUUCGCAAUGGAGAGCAUAAGGCUUGCACAGCACCAUGGGAGCCGCUGAACAUGACUAAGAAGCCGGAAGUGAUAAGAGUGGUUUUAGACAUGGACAGAGGCAAGGUGACCUUUUACGACCCUGGAGAAAGAACACCUCUCUACACCUUUUUGGAUCUCAUCACACCUAGGGCCUUUCCCUACUUUUGCACUGCCUGCAAAGAGCAUCCACUAAAAAUCCUACCUUCAAGGAUAUCCUUGUCAACGGACUAUUAAUUCACCAUUGCCAAACUUAAAUGAAGGGUGGCUUGAGUUGUGAAGAUUUUACUUUUUUUUCUUUUGCAAGAGCUGAUUGUGGGGAUGCAGGGUCAGGCUACAUUGCCACGAAAGACAAUGCGCGCACCUCUCCAGAUUUUUUUAAUGACUGACUGAAACAAACAUGUUUUAAAAUAUUUAAUUUGAGUUACAACAAAACAAAUGUAGUCUGGAAGAUUUGAAAUUGUAAAUAGCUUCACAAUCUUUAACACCCAUAUAUUACUACACUGAUAAGAUUUAUUACAUAAAACGACAGUGAAUGUGUGACUCAUCUUUGCAUGAUUUCCACUUUCUUUUGAGCUCCUUUCUAAGAAAGCAUACAAAAAUGAAAAGAAAAUGAAGUUUCAUAUAAGGCACAUACAGUAUGUGUAUUUGCAAACCUGUGCCAGCGUUGUUCAGAGGUUCAAAUAUUACAUAUGAGAUUAAUUAUCCAUUGCAGUAAAAAGACUCUAUGGGUUAGUGUUUGAUUUAGUAGCCACAUGUACAGCAUGUUGAAGUCUUUCAGUCUCAUCCAAACAUAUGGCAGUAACUCCAUAGCUUUACACUAAAGUAUUGCUUAGACCUACACAGAAUUAAUCUUGCAGCAUAUUUCAUACAUGGGUAAAAUACCCUGUAACAAAGUUUUCAUAAAACCUGUGCUGUCCUAACCACAUUAUUGUAACACGCUCCUACUUAAAAGGGAUUGUGGGAGAUACCCACUCUAUGUGCGGUGAUGCUCAAAGGCUUUUUGAGGUGUUCAUUUAAUAAUUAAAAAGUUAUUAAAGGGACUAAAUGCCCUCACAUUA